GGUGGAUUCUCAUAAUUUCGACCGGGUGAAUAUCGAGAACGUGCCCCGGCGAUCGCUCAAAUCGACCGUUUAAAAUGCCGCCAACCAUUUGGGUGUACGGUUUCAACCCUUUUGAUAUAGACAGUGGAGGAAACCUGAAAGAGUUAGAUCUCACGAAAUUUGUCAACGAUGAUCAGCCUAAUAUCCUCAUCGAACUCACCGCCACCCACGCUCUAGUGGCGGCCGGAAGCGCGCUUGUGUCACACUCUUGCAUCACCGAAAAAUCACACACCGUUGAUUGUGGUAGUCCGAUUGUCCAAUUAUCGGCAAACAACUGGUACUGUUUGGCGCUUUUGGAGGAUGGAAUCCUCCUCAAAUAUGACAUCUACUCGCAACAAAUGAGCAAACUCGAUUUCCUGUCUGUCGAAAAUUCCACUGAAACAAAGAGUGCGGAAAGUAUCACUCACAUUGCAUGUGAUGACAAAGUUUCAGUGGCCGUUACUAGCCCAGGGAACUUCGUAUUUAACAUUCCGAAUAAGACGUACACCUUCCCGAAACACGUGCGUAUAAAAAAGGUGGCAGUUGGAUUGGAGCAUUGUCUACUGUUGACCGGAAACGGAGAUGUGUACAGCUGGGGCUGUGGACUUCGCGGUCAGUUGGGCAAUGGAGAGAUUACAGCUCAUCAGGAGCAACCGCAGCUGGUGGAAGCCCUGGCGGGGGUCAAAAUCGUGGAUGUCGCUGCCGGUGGUUGGCAUUCGGCGGCCAUCUCCGCGUUUGGGGAUGUGUACUGUUGGGGUUGGAACAGUAAAGGUCAGCUGGGACUGGUGGAUGAGAAACGGCUAAAAGGGGCCGUGUUUGCUUUACCUCAAGUGAUCGAAUUCACUGAGCAAGAUGAAAAUCAACUAGCGCAGGAUGUUUCGUUUGAAAAGGUGCACUGUGGAAGUGGUCACACAGUGGUGGUUAGUUCCAAAGGAGAGUUGUACUUUGCGGGUCAUGACCUUCGACAAAGGCUAGAUUUUUGUAAAGUGGAACGAAAUCCAAAUCUGUGUGGAUUUAAAAAGUUCGAAAAUGGGCCGAAAGUUGACGGAGCAAAGCUUUUAAAAAGUGGACCAAAUUCGCUCGUUUUUGUGAGCCAACCGAGCGAAUGUACGAUAUGAGAGGCGAGCUUAUACGUAACACUUGCGCUAUUGGCCGAUAGGUGGUUUGAAUGAAGUGUUCUAUGUUAUCUAUUAAAGUAUUUAAAUGUUUACUUUGCUUAUCAUUAUUGUUUGUUAUGUGAUUCAAAAACAUUUCCCUAUGCCUCAGUGAUAGUAACUACGCAUGAUUGUUAAGUUGGAAAUAUAAUACAUAUCUGCUGAUAUAUUUAAA